AAGGGUGAUAUAUUGAAUUUGAAGAGGAUACCCUGUCUGCAUCAUGUCAUAUUUUAAAUAUGCUUUCAAAAAGUUAAACAAUUAACAAAUCCCAUGAUGUGCAUCUUAUAUAUUAAUCCCACUUGCUUGCUCAAAAGUUAGGCACCUUUUUCAAUCCUAUGUGUGUGUGUAUAUAUUAUAUAUAAUAUAUGUAUAUAUAUUCUCACAGCUUGCAAACAAUAACAUGAAAAUUAAGUAAUAGCUAGCUUUCCAUCAACAUUGUGAGAGCUAUAAACAAUUUCUGGUCCUCUUGUCUUGUUUCUUGAAACAUAUUCAUCACAAGUUCUACCGUUCGAGUAGACCAUUUUGUUUGAUAAUAGUAUUUGUGAUGGAAAUUCAAUUCCAACAACCAAACCUGCAGCAUCAGAAAUCAGGCAUUGCAGUCACCAGAGGAGGAAAGUUGAAAGGGCGAAGCAGAAGCAACAACAACAACAAAUUUGUUGGGGUGAGACAAAGGCCUUCGGGGAGAUGGGUGGCUGAGAUCAAAGACACAACUCAGAAGAUAAGAAUGUGGCUUGGCACAUUUGAAACAGCUGAGGAAGCAGCCAGAGCCUAUGAUGAAGCUGCAUGCCUUCUUCGUGGAUCAAACACUCGCACCAACUUCAUCACUCAUGUGUCCUUGGAUUCCCCUCUUGCUUCUCGAAUUCGUAAUCUUCUUAACAACAAAAAAGGGAUAAAGAAACAGGAAGAUGCUAAUGCUGUUGCUAAUGCUAAUAAUGGAGCAGCUCCAAGAGUAAGCAGCACUGGCACUGCUAGUACUAGUACCACUACUACUACAACAACUACUGCUAGUACUCAUAGUAAUUCAAACAAUGGCAAUGGCAACAAUGAGAAGUCUCUUUCUACCAUGACACCUCAAAGUUCAAAUCUGUUUGAUGAUGCUUAUAAACCAGAUUUGAGUAAUUGCAGGGAGGAUUUUGGGUCAGGUUAUCAAUCCAAUACUUCAUGGGGUUUUGGACCUGUCUUUGAUCGUUUUCCCAUUGCUCAAAUAUUGGAUGUACCAAAGAUUGAUGAUUGCCUCACUGAUGCAGCUGACUUGGAGCUUUCUGAAUUUGAAAGAAUGAAAGUUGAAAGACAGAUAUCAGCUUCACUCUAUGCAAUUAAUGGGGUGCAAGAGUACAUGGAAACUGUUCAGGACUCCAGUGAAACUCUCUGGGAUCUUCCACCUUUAUGCUCAUUGUUCUGCUAAACUUGAAGGUCUAAAAGAUCCUGCAAUUAUUCCAUCUGAAUGUCAGUAGUCUUGUUUAUUUUAAUUUAUUGAAAACUCGAGGGAGGAGUGUGGGAUCUGGGCAUUGAUUGAAAUAUUACAAUAACAUUGGUGAGAUAUAAUUUUGUUCUCAAUGUGAGCAGGAAGAUCAAUGAGUUUCAUUAGCCGCUUGUGAAAGCUCAUUUUUAAUUGUUAUUGUGUAAAAAGUUUAAGCAUUUAAGUUCUUCUUUUCACAUCCUAAAUGUCAAAAUUGAAUCUUAAAGUUUUCUAUCAAAGUCUCCUUUCUAGGAAUAUGCAGUGUGAAAACCACACUUUGGAGGGCAAAGUAAGCAAAUUAGAAUCUUGGAUCUUAGAGCCAAAAUCAAAAGGACUAUUCACGUUGAUUUACAUGGGUAAACAGUAGAAUCACAUUAAUUUACUCUACACAUGAAAGGGACAAGUACUAUGUUUUCUUUGUUAGUAAUUAAUGGAAAAUAUGCUUCCAUAUCUUCUCAGAUUUUGGUCCAAUUGAUUUUUCAUAACUCAUGCCUUUUGGUCAUUUGCUUUGGUUAUUCAUUAUUUACCCCAAUCAAUUGUAGAUACAGAAUUUGUCUCAUUCUCUUGUCCCAAACAUUAGCGGGUGAACCAUCAUAGAAAUGAUUUAACUUGAGAAACUUUAUUUUAUAACUUUGGGGAUUAAGGGAUAGGACUGAAAUCAAAUUACAUAUCACAUCCAAGGAUAA